GUGUAGCUCACGCUGGACGUGAGAGCCCACGGGAUCCUUCUGCUUCAGCAUCCCCGGGGCUGGGUUAGGAGGACGCAACAGCACGCCUGGCUGCUCCGGUCUUCUUACUGGAUGCGGUGGGCUCUUCCCCUGCGUCGCUGUUCCAAAGGGGGUCACCAGUCAGCUAAGCCAGUUGCAGUUGAUUCGCCAUGGACAAAUCCCCGUGAGAGAGCGUCACAAGUCCAGGCAAGGCCAGGACACAACAGAAGAGUGAGCGACCCUGCCGUUGUGAGAGGGUACAAAGAGAAAUCAACAAGGUACACUACAUGUAGCACCUGAACUGGACACCUGCUGAGAGAAAACAGGUUCCAUACUGUCAAAUGGUGCCCAUUCAGUGUACCUGGGAAGCAGAAAAAUGGAUGCAAGUCUGACGGACAACUGCACACCUCUGGGCCCCGACACCAAGACACUUAUGCAGUGGCCCCAAGGGACCAUGCUGCCAUCUGUGUGGCUUAUACAUCAUUCCUCAGCCUGCCAUUGUUUGCCAGAGGCAAUGCACCGAUACCAGCAUCUUCUAUCUUGAAACUUCGGUUUGUGAAACCACAGGUAUAAACUCAGGGGGACAAGUAGUAAAGGACGCAGAUCCUCUCAUCUCAGCCAGGUUUGUAAAAUGGGGUGAUGGGGUCAGACGGGUAAUGUUCUCAAUCCUCAAUGCACCACAUCCCCAACUCCUCCUGGGAAAGACAUGGGGCCUCUCCUUUGAUAAUCAGGGCGAAAACAGGCGUGGCAACUUUUUAACCCUAAAAACCCAGCUGGUGACCCCACUUCCAGUAAUAGAGGUUCCAGCUUACACUUCUGGAGUCCUACAAUCUCAGGUCACUCCUCCUAUUCCACGCCUUCUUUCACAUGUCUACGGCACACUCUCACAUUCUUCCAACCUUACAGAAUGUUGGCUCUGUGUCCCUUAUCGGCAGGACAUACACAUGGCAGCUCCUACACUGGAAUUCCUCACACCCGUCCUUUCCACACAAUCCAGCCAUGGUAGGCCCACUGCAGAGCUAUCCCUCUCAACAGUGGCCAGUUAACCUCACCUGUCUGAUCUCUGAGGUCAAAAACACCUCUCUACAGCUAGACAACCUACCUCACUGCACACACUACAUUAUGCACACAAAAGACAGGGCUGUCUGUUCACCAAAGGGAUGGUUUAUAGGAUGCAAAAAGGGAGCAUACACUUGUCUCCCCACAAGGUGGACAGGAUCAUGCACAUUGGUCUUGUUAGUCCCUGCCCUAACAAUAAACUCUCAAGAUACCAUAGAGAUGUCACUCCUAUCCAAAUCUCCAGAUAUUCAUCUAAACCACAAAAUUAGGACUAUUCAUGCUCCCAUCCUUAUAGGAGCAAGCAUUUCUGCAGUAUUAGGAAUAGGCCUAGGAGCAGGAGGAAUAGGCAUGGGCAUACAUGCUCAACAGCUGUACCACCAGCUCUCCCUAGAACUUCAUCGAAGGACAGAUGACAUUACACCUGCCAUACGUUCACUUCAAAAUCAGGUUAAUAGUCUGGCAGCAGUCACUCUCCAGAAUCAACGUGCCCUUGACGUCUUGAUGGCUGAGAGAGGGAGCACCUGUGCUAUGUUGGGAGCAGAAUGCUGCUACUUCAUAAAUGAAACUGGGAUCGUUACGGACAAGAUAAAAAACCUUUGCACCUGGCUUGAGCAUAAAUACCCAGAACUGGGAAACUACCUCUCCCCCACUUCACCAUGGUCCUGGUGGAAUGACACAUUUGGGUCAUGGGCACCAUUCUUGCUACCUCUUCUGGGCCCUAUAAUCAUGAUAAUGGCCUGUUUACCGGUAGGGCCCUGCAUUUUUAAACUUUUGUCUAGUUUUGUUCAAUUCAGGCUUCGUGAAAUCGCGGCCAAAGAACUCGUCGCUCAGGCAGACAUUCCCAACACUGGCGGGCACGUAGGCAACACCUGUCGUCCCCUUGCCCCCUACCAUGGUGGUGCCCCUAUUGAGCAGGAAGCAGUUUAAGAAGAGUCCUUGCCCCCAUAACCAAAAAGGCGGGGAUGAAAUAUCUUCAUAAUUCCUUUAGAGUCGCUGUGGCGCCACCUACUGGAGACUAUAUGCCAUGGCCAAUAUGGCACUGGCCUCUCAAGGCCUUGUGCUAUGCCCCACCCUUCUUCCCAGAGUCAAAUUACGACUUCCUACUCCCCUUUACGUAAUAUCCUGUUUCAUUUUCCCACCCUCCCACCAAAUGCUGGCUUGCCAGGUCAGGUAGCCCACCCCCUAAACCCUGCCUCUAGCCUGACCAUAUAUAACCAUUGUCCCCUUUGUUCACCCCGGAAGACUCGCUCCCUUUCCACCCCUCCUCCUUGUGGUCUUCUCCGUGCUCUGUAAUAAAAGUGUUUUAUUACUCUCUGCACCACUGGCCAGACACCUUUUAGGUAUCACUGGAAUAAUCAGUGUCGAUCUACAACUGCUGGGAAAAGUGGGCCCUUUCUGGGAAACCCCCAUUGGAGAUUCCCUCAGCCCCAUCAAAUAAUGGGGACCACCCAGAUGGCUGCAAUGGGGGACAAAGUGCUGGGUGCAUUCAGGUACCCAGGGUGUGCUCCCUCCUAUCUCUUCCCCUGUGCGCAGGACACCAAGGGCACCCAUGGUUGGCAGCUGUGUGGUGGGAAACUCCCUCCUGCCUCGUUCUCCUCUGCCAGGCUCCUGUCGCACACGAGCCCAGGCUUCGGGCCGGGCCCCUGCAGACCGAGCUGCCAUGACGUGGGGGUGCAAGUGAACCAGCGAUGCGACCCAUCCGUACAGUGCAUGCUGGGCGGCAGACACCCUGCGCCGGGCCGGGACCAGGAGUCCCAGCCGCCCCCACUUGCUUCCCGUGCUCCUUUGCUGUGUGCUCACCUGUGAGUUCCCACGGUCUCACCGGCGGCCUGGAGAAGGUCCCAGCAAGCAUGCAGGGCCCUGUGGCACCAGAGGAGGCAGGAAGGAAGACAUCCCCACCACCAAGGGCUGGGCGGGAGUGCCAGGAGGCUCCAACUAGUGAAGCAGCCCCACAGCCUGCACUGCAGAAGCCAGGGCAGCCCCUGGCAGUGGGGAGGGCUAGGGGCGGUGGAGACACAACCUCCACUGUGCAGGAGAAACGCUGCCACGUGCCCUGCCAAGCAAGAAGCACUUGCGCUUCCAGCAAAAAUAUGGCUAUUAUCACUGUAAAGACUGCAACAUCCGCUGAGAGAGUGCAUUCGUUUGGUGUAUCCAGGGUACAAAUAAGGUUUAUUUUAAACAGCGCUGCAGAAUGUGUCAAAAUUCUUACAACCCUUGCCGAGUGAAGGAUAUCACCUGCCAAAGUUGUAAAAGAACUAAAUGUUCUUGCCCAGUAAGAUUUCGCCGUGUGGACCUGUGUGACAGGUGCGGGAGCAGGCGCCCGUGCUGUGAUGGCAGCAGUGCUCGGAAUCUGGGCAAAAAUAGAGUAUCCGGUGGUCAGAACAAAAGCGAUGGCCCGCACGCACGGAGGCUGGGCACGUCCCCCGUGGCUACAGAGGCAGUGACCACGGAGCCGCUUGUGGGGGGCGCGCAGGCAGUGGAGCCCAGGCCUGAAGAUAAAGCAGGACUGUUGGGGCCCUGCCAGCAACUUGCUGGACCCCAAGGCGAUGAGAUGGAAGCUGCAGCCAGUUACCGCCAGAGCCUGAAGUGUCAGCGCUGCCCUGCCCAGGGCUGUAACUAGGGGCUGCUGCCCCGCCAGAGCCUGAAGUGUCAGCGCUGCCCUGCCCAGGGCCGUGACUGGGGGCUGCUGCCUCAUGGGAGCCAUGCCCUCCCCCCUCCCUGCUCCCAGCCACUCCCACUCCCUGCCCACAGCGUCCUUCCCCCGGCUCACUGCUGCUCUGGUCCAGGUGCUGGAGGACACUGGGGUGCCGGAUGGAACCGGGAACAAAGAGGCCAAGGCUCAAGGCAGAGAUGGAGGAGGCCGCCCAGGGAGAGGCCGGCAGAAGAUUAAAGCUAGGUGGGCCUGGAGAGGGCGACAAGGACGGGGAUGAGGAGCUGUGGAGGCACGCAGGAAACCUCGGUCAAGAAGCAAAGGAGGAGACACUGUGGAGGCUGACAAGUCGGAGUGGAAAUGGGGCACGAGGAGCCUCAGACAGCCAGAGGACCUGCCGGUGGUGCCUAGCCAGUGCCCAGGCCCCGGGGAGGAAGGCCAGGGCUGAGCUAGCUGGCGCUGCACCCUGUGGUACCGCUCGAGGCAAGGGCGACAGCAGGGCCGGGAGGGAGAUACAGGGGCUGACCAGAAGCUGGUCGGACCAGGCAGUGACAGCGGGGAGCAGGGAGCAAGGCCUGAGCCCCUCAUUACCUUUGUGGCAAGCGCCUCCCAGGCAGAGGAGACCCUCACCCCGCUGCGGGACUCAAAGGGCCUGUUCCCUGAGCUCUAUGGCCUCCUGCAGGACUCCUGCCCCAGGUGCUGCACCGGACAAUAAAGCAAUAGCAGCUGCUUAGUACUGACGCCUGCCAAGGUGUGUCCAGGUGUAAACGGUCUAUUCUAACAUAACGGCUCUAGCAAGGAGCUAAGUGGGAGAAGAUUCCCUCCCCCAUCAACCUGACCCUGCAAUUAGAGCCCAUCUUAUGGAUAGAUGCACAUUUUAUGUCUUGAAAUUUUUAGAGGUGAUUAAUUUAGCUAGCCAAACUAAAUUAAAUGAUAUUUUUCAAAUACA